UUUUUUAAAAAAAAAAUUGGUCAUGUUCUUAGGAGCAGUUAAACAGUCUGUCAUGGCUGAGGUUGUGCACUGAUGAACAUACAAACAAAUACGAAUAUUAAACACAAUCGUAUUUAUUGUCUCCUCUGCCCAUUUCUUCUCUUCACCCAAGUUUCUCUCUCUCUCUCCCAGGAAAACUUUCUCUCGUUUUCCCAGAAGAUUUUUUUUUUCUCACGUUCUCGAUCCCAAGUUUUUCUGCUACUUUCCCGAGAAUCUGUCUCUGUUCAUACAGAAUCCCAAGUUUUUUUUUUGUUUAUGUACUCUGCAAGAUAUUUCCUUUUUUGGUCUAAGAAGUUGAAUCAAAUCACUUUGAUCUCUGAAAUGUCAGCUUGUUCAUGGUUUUUCUAGCUCCAGAGAUUUUUUUUUUCCCGAGAAAAUGCAUAAUUUUCUCAAUAGCCAGGCAUUUUCCCUCGCUUUCCUUCUCCUUCCUCUUCUUCUUCUUCCAACAUUCUCAGAAUCACAGCUCACAUCAAGUGAAACAAGAAGUCUCUUUGAAAUCCAGAAGCUCCUAGAACAUCCAGAGUCUCUACGAUCAUGGAACAACUGGACCAACUUCUGUUUUCUCCCUUCCUCUCCUUCCCUGAGAAUCGUCUGCUCCGAUGGCCAUGUAACCGAAUUAACCAUCCUAGGAAACAGAACCGUCAAGCUGUCGGAAACAUUCUCCAGUGACUCGUUCUUCACUGUUCUUACCAAACUCUCAAGCUUGAAAACCUUGUCUCUUGUCUCUCUCGGCAUCUCUGGUCCUUUCCCUUCGAAGAUCACGAGGUUAUCAUCUCUCCAAGUUCUGAAUUUCAGCUCUAAUUUCAUCUCUGGCCCUAUCCCGAAAGAGAUUGCGUCGUUGAAUGGCCUGAGAAGCCUUGCUCUUGCCAACAAUCUGCUGAACGCAACUGUUCCGGAUCUCAGAGGGCUGCUGGAUCUUCGAGAGCUGAAUCUCGGAGGUAAUCGUCUCGGCCCUGAAGUUCCUUCGCUCGCAAGCAAUUUAAUCACUGUUUCAUUGAAGAAAAACUCCUUCGGAUCAAAGAUUCCAGAACAGAUCAAGAAGAUGGGUAAGCUUCAAAGCUUGGACCUUUCCGACAACAAGUUCACUGGGCCAAUCCCGGAUUUUCUGUUUUCACUUCCUUCUCUCCAGAACCUCAGUUUGUGUCGGAACCUGUUAUCUGGGUCAUUUCCAAACUUGACAUGCAGCUCAAAGCUCAGAACUUUAGACGUUUCUCGGAAUCUUCUUACGGGAAAGCUUCCGUCUUGCUUUUCUUCCAAGAGAUUCCAGAAUCACACAGUGAUUUAUUCCUUCAACUGUUUGUCUAUCAAUGGAACUCCCAGCGCAAAGUAUCAGCGUCCAGCUUCUUUCUGUAAGAGCGAAGCAGAGCAAGCGGUGGCUGUGAAGCCAGUUCCAAAGGAACAGAAGAAAGAUUCUGAAAUCAAACUAGGGGUACUGAUUGGUAUAAUCGUGGGUGUGGUCAUCGUCACAUCGGUUUUGGCUCUGUUGAUUCUGAUUAUAAUGAGAAGAUCACGAUCAGAAGCAGAAGCAGAGCAAUCUGAAGGGAACAAUGUCGAGAGACAUGCCUUUGAUAAAGUCUCUGUUUGCAGCACCACCACCUCAAAGACAGUACCAGAUUCAAGACGUGUGCCACAGACGAUGAGAUCGGCCGUGAUUGGUCUGCCGCCGUAUCGGGUUUUCAACUUGGAGGAACUGGAAGAAGCAACCAACAACUUCGAGGCAUCAAAUCUGGUCGGUGAACAGCUGUACAGAGGUUUUCUUAGAGAGGGCAUAGCGGUGACGGUGAAAUGUAUAAAGCUGAAGCAGAAGAAUUCACCACAGAACUUGGCUCAGCAGAUGGAAGUGUUGUCUAAGCUAAGGCAUAUGCAUUUGGUCAGUGUUCUUGGACACUGCAUUGUCACUUACCAAGAUCAUCAUCCUUAUGCCGGAAGCACAAUCUUCGUCGUCCAAGAAUACUUCUCUAACGGGUCGUUGAGGGAUUUCCUCACAGAUUGGAGGAAGAAAGAGGUCUUGAAAUGGCCUCAGCGAAUGGCAAUAGCAAUUGGAGUUGCUAGAGGAAUACAGUUCUUGCACACGGGAGUGGCACCUGGAAUCUUCGGGAACAAUUUGGAUAUAGAAAACAUCCUGCUUGAUGAAACACUCGGUGCAAAGAUCUGCGGCUAUACCAUUCCCUUACCACAUUCCAAGGUCGGAGCAGGGAGUCCUCUUCAAGGAAACCAAGCGAAAAGUCCACUCGGAAAUGAAGACAGAGAGAAAGAAGACGUUUACCAGUUCGGAGUGAUACUGCUUGAGAUCAUCACAGGCAGAGUGGUGGCAUCUUCCUCAGACAUGGGAGGUUUAAAGCUUCAGCUGGAGAAUGGAUUGAAGGAAGAGCCCUCGGUGUUGAGAAGCUUGAUAGAUCCGUCGGUGAGAGGGACAUAUGCUUACGAGUCGUUGAGAACGACUGUGGAAUUCGCCAUUAACUGUCUCUGCGAAGAUCCGAGCAAGAGGCCGUCGAUUGAAGAUGUUGUCUGGAAUCUGCAGUACACAAUUCAAGUGCAGCAAGGAUGGACAAGCAGCGGUAACCUUGGCAUUGCUACAUAGAAUCAUGUAGAAUACAAGUACUUACCUUCAAAAUUUUUUGUGCUUUAAAGAUAAAUGUUUCAAAUGCAAUAUAAUAAGCAAAUGAAUGUAAUGCUCAAGCAAAUGCCUAACCUCAUAGAUUCAUUACAGCAUCUAAGAUUAAUCAAAUAUCACCCAAAACAUUUUAUUCAA